AUGGGCUCUACCGACGCGGAUGUCGACCUCCCUGCGGACGCCCAGGACACCAUCUCGUCCGUCUCGUGGUCUCCGACCAACCCCUACCUCGCCGCGGCCUCGUGGGACGGCCACGUCCGCGUGUACAACGUUGGUCCUGCUCCUGACCACGCUUACCGAGGACCGGCAGUGCUCCAGACCCAGAGGCCUCUGCUUGGAUGUCAUUGGGCCAGGGACGGGUCGCUCGUUGCCGCUGGCGGAACCGACUGUAAGCUCUACAUUCUGGACCCCGUGACGGGCCAGCAUGACACGUCGUCCGACGAGCACGCCGCCCCCAUCAAGGCGGUUCGCUUCGUCGACAUCCCGGGGGCCGGCGGCGGCGGCUCGUCCAUCGUGGCGUCCGGAUCCUGGGACCAAACCGUGAAGCUUUGGGACCUGCGCCAGCACGGCCAGGUGAUGAGCGUGCCUUGCACCGAGCGUGUUUAUGCCAUGGACGCCGCUGAGCACCUGCUUGUUGUUGCCACCGCCGACAAUACCCAAGUCGACCUCUUUGACUUUCGUAACCCUUCAGCUGGUGUUACAACUGUCGACUCCGCCCUGCAGCACCAGGCCAAGGCCAUCGCGGUUUAUCCUGACGCUCUGGGCUGGGCUACUGCGGGAAUCGAGGGCUGCGUGGCUAUCACGGACUUGGAAGACGAAGCUGAAAGAUUCCGGUACUCCCCGCUCGACACUGGCAGUUUCACCUUCGAAUGCCAUCAACGACGCGAGGUACGAGCGGGCGUGUGGACGACGGAGAUCUGGAGUGUCAACGACCUGUGCUUCCACCCGAUCGAUCAGAACGUCUUGGCGACCGCAGGAUCAGAUGGCUCGUUCUGCUUUUGGGACACGGGCACCGGCGACAAGCUGCGGGAGUACGAGCCAGGCCGUGACAGCCACAGCGCUGGUGGUAGCAGUGGAGGCCACCAGGCAAACAUCACGCCGAUCACGGCGGCGGCUUUUGACCACGAUGGGGGGAUCUUUUCCUACGCCAUGGGAUACGACUGGAGCAUGGGCCACGCUCACAACUCGUCGGACAUCCGGAACCGACUCGUGUUGCAUACCGUGACGGAGGAUGACAUUCCCCUAGAGGAUGACGCUUCCCUAGAGGAUGAGCAUUAA